CCCGGAGUAUGGCACCUUCGAACGAAGACAAAAGAAAAAAGUACAUUCUCGUCUCUUGUUGCAAUUUUUUCGGUGUUUCGUUCUCUGAAAAUAUAUUUAAUGGAACUAAAGAUGAAAAAAAUCUCAUGAACUUUCUUGAUGAUUCUUCCUCUGCAAUUCUAUUCUCAAAAAUUAUAAAUAAUGAUAAAAUUACCUUCUCAGAACGUCUUGAUGAGGAGAGAGAUAAAAAGAUAUUACUCUUCUUCAAGACUAAACCAGAGUCUAUUACACCUCAAAAUAUGCAUCAAGUUUUACUUAUAUCUUCUAUGCUUUCUUCACCUAUUUCUAGCUUUUAUCAUUCACUAAAGUCAGUUUUCGCUCCCCUUCUUCUAACCGAUUCAAAGUCGAAAUUGGAGCCCACCCUUGAACAGCUUGUUACUGAUCUACAAGACGGCCUAGGAGCUAAUUUGAGGAGGACAGACCCCUCGAUAGCCAGUUCGGAUGUUAUUUGUUCGCCCGCUGAUGAAAUUCAGUAUUGGAACGAUGCAGCAAAGAAACGAAAUGAGCAAGCGGAACAAAUACAAGAGGUACUCCAUCCAGUUGCAAAGGAUCUGGCGGAUUUAGACUCGUUAGAUCUAGAAGAAAUUUCAGAUACUUUAGACGAAUGUCAGGACGUUUUGGAUGAUUUAUGGAAGCAAAUUUCUCCGCCUUAUCCUGAAAAGAGAAUGAGAAGAUUUUUAGAAGUAAUCACAGACUCUGUAACAAAAUCUAUAAAUCGUAGUUUAACAUCUCUAGACGUCUGGCAUGACAAAGAAAGCAAUAUAAGAUUGCAAAUAAAUUUAUCAGUGCACAGUUGCGAUGCCUGGAUAAGAGUGUGUUCAACACUCUUUGAACAAUUCUGGAACAGAUUCUCCGAAAGACCUUGGAAAGGUGAAAAAUAUAUUCCUCAAGGUCUCGUUAAACUGAAGCUGAGACUACGUCAAAUCAUAACAAUAAGAUCGGCUCACGAACAGCUUAAAAAUCUACUUUCUGACGAGGAAUGUAAAGAAUUAGGCAUUAAUAGUAUAUUCGUUCCUUUUUCUGGUCUAAAUCCUGUCAAAUAUAAUUCCUAUACUGAGCCACUAUGGAAUGCGGCUGUAGAUCAAUUUAAUAGACUCCUUGAACCCGGAGCCGUAAAAGUUGUCGGUAAAUUAAGACGACAAUUAGAAAGCUUUGACGGAAAUUUACAAAUGCUAAUGAAGACAUUUCAAAAAUAUAAACCUUUGGUCGAACAGAAUUACGUCAAGAAAAUUAUGCUGACUGAGAGGGAAGCUUUACUCGGUAAGCUAGAAGUUUAUGUAAAGGAAAAUGUUGAAGAAUUUCAAAAGGUUGUCGGAGAGGGGAGUGAAAAUCUUUACCGAGGAAAUAAUCAACCCUUAAUAGUUGCUCAGAUAGUUUGGUGUACAAAUUUUGAAACGAAAUUUCAACAAAUUUCGGAAAAUUCUGAAUGGCUUUUAUCCGAUUUGAACGGAUUUGAUAAAAUACAAAAAUUUGCCUCGAAAUGUCAAAUGGAAUGUCAAAGUUGGCGUAAAAAAGUGUUUGAUGAUUGGUGUAGAAGAAUAGGCGAUUUAAUCGAUGAAAAAGAUUCCGAUAUUAGCUUGGAAACGAAGGGAAGAGCAAUGAAAUUAGGUUUAAGGGAUGGAAAGUUAAAGGUUAACUUUGGCGAUAGGCUUGUUACAUUACUAAGAGAAGUUAAAACUCUAGGUAAUUUCGGUUACGUAAUACCGUCAAAAAUACAAACAAUGGCAACCACUGGUGAUAAAUACUAUAAACAAGCAAUAAUUUUAAAACAAAUUGCUCACUUUUACAAUACAAUUGAUGAUCAAAUGUUAAAGUGCCAACAAGCGUUAAUGCUAGAUUCAGCAGUUGCAUUUGAAAGGUUAAUUAAGAAUCCUAAAUUAAAAAAUAAAGAUGGUGAUGAAAUUGAAGUAACUUGGGAUCAACCCUCUGAAUUGGAAGAGUAUAUUAAAAAAUUACAAAACGCUUCUUUUAAAUUAAUUGUUGAGAAUCGUAAAUUAAGAAAAUAUCACUUUUCAAUUCUUGAUAAGAUUAGUGCACUUAUGAGCAUCGAUUUGCUCAAACAACAAGCUAAAUGGAAGGAAUAUCUUAUGGAUAUAAGGCAGAUAUUUGCUUCUCUCCUAACUCAAGGUUAUCCGGCUGCAAAUAUGAGAGUUUGGAAAGCACAUUUAGACAGACAAUUAUACAAAUCUUUAGAACAUCAGUACCUAGUUGGAUUAGAAACUGUAAAUGACAAUUUACAAGAAAUUCACGUUGAUCUAGUUUUUAAAAGUCAAAAAUUACAAUUUCGACCAUGCUUCGAAGAAGUGCAAGCAAGAUAUUAUAAAGAAUUGAAAAAGUUCCUUGGUAUACCAAACUAUUUUAAGGGAUUCGGUGAUGAGGCUUCGGGUUUAUUUAGUGCUGUAAUUGAUAGGGCUGGAUCAAAAUUUAUUGAAACCUAUAGGAAAUCGGCUGCUCUUUUCUCCAGGUUAAGGGAAGUUAUUAAGAAAUUUGAAGAAUGGGUUGUUUUUGGCACAGUGGACCUUGAAGAUUUUCUAGAAAACCACUUGACUGAUCUAAGUCAUUUCGAAAAUAAUCUCAAAGCAUUAAAAGCUAAGGGAAGAGCCUCGGAGAAGCUUCCAUCUGAAGUAAAAGUUGGCUGCAUUCUCAUAAAUACAUCUCCCGUCAAAAUGACAAUCGAAGAACACAUGCAAAGGCUUUAUGAUGAAAUUGUGGCUACUUUGAGGCGUUCAGUUUCUCGUCACGCCGAAAAAAUUGAAAAAUUCCUUACAGACGGUAUGGAACUGCUUGGUACAAGACCUCAAACAGUUCAGGAAAUAGGGGAAGCAAACGCGGCAAGGUUAGAGCUCUGUGCUGAUAAGAAGGAUUUGUCGGUCUUAAUGCAGGAUGCCGAAAGCAGGAAUAAACUACUUAGACAAGUUGCUGGUGGAGGAGUCGAUUCGUUAGGCUUACAAAAAGGAAAAUGGGAUAAGUUUGAAUUGAUGAUUGAAUCUCAUCAAUUAAUGAUAAAAGAUCAAUUAGACGUUCUUAAGUCAAAUAUGAAAUCGAGGAUUACCGAUUUCGAGGUUCAAUUGGAAAAGUUCGCAGCUAGAUGGAAACAAUUUCGUCCUACCGAUGAUGUUGUUGACGAAGGAGACGACAAAUGUAAAGCCGCCGUUGAAACUGUUAAAGAGAAGAGGCAAGAAUUUAAAGAAUUGCUUGAAGUAAAAACAAUUAUCGAUAGAGACUGCCAUCAUUUCGAAAUAGAAACCCCAGAAUUUUCAAUAAUUUCUGAACUCGAAACGGAAAUUGCCAAAUAUGAAGAAAUGUGGAAUUUGUAUGAUGAAUUCUCUCAAUCCGUUCAAACAUACGCUAACGAGGAUUGGGUAUCGUUUAGAUCGAGAUAUUUUCAAUUUGACGAACUUUUAACGGGAUGGAAUGACAAGUUAAAAACCGACGAACCUUCUCCUAUGAUAAUAAAACUGCGUAAAAUGAUUGAUAGUUAUAAACAACUAAUACCCCAAUUAAAAUGGGUUAGAGGAGAACCACUUACCCCGGAACAUUGGGCCGAGUUCUUUUCAAUAGUCUCAAUGCCAAAAGCAAUGACAAUUGAAAAAUUAACAUUCGGUGAUAUAAUUUCUGCAACAGCGGUAAUUAUCGAAAAAGCAGACAAACUAAAGGAAUUGAAUUUAAGAGCGCAAGGAGAAAUAUCCAUUAGAGAUGCUUUAAAAGAAUUGGAUAUAUGGGGAGCCAGCGCCCAUUUUGCACUGUCUGAUUACGAGGAUACACUAAAACGGAAAAUAAGUUUAAUAAAAGACUGGAAAGAUCUGUUAUCGCUUGUAGGAGAUAAUCAGAGUUUAUUGCAGUCUCUUAAAGAUUCUCCUUAUUAUAAGGUGUUUGAGGAUAAAGCUUCAAUAUGGGAAGUUAGAUUGGCUUGUCUUGAUGAAUGCUUGCAUAAUUUAAAUCAAAUUCAAAGAAAGUGGGUCUAUCUUGAACCAAUUUUUAGUAGAGGAGCUCUUCCUAAAGAACAAGGUAGAUUUAAAUCUGUCGACACAGAUUUUCGAGGUUGGAUGAAAGAAAUACAGAAUAAUACGAAAGUUUUAUCUCUCGUUGAUAUAAAAGGAUUGGGUCAAGCUUUGAUUCAAAGUCUUGAACAGUUACAUAGAUGUCAAAAGUCUUUAAACGAACUUUUAGAGGAGAAACGAGGUCUCUUUCCUAGAUUUUACUUUAUUGGCGAUGAUGAUAUGUUAGAAAUUCUUGGCCAAUCUACUAAUCCUCAAGUUAUUCAAGCUCACUUAAAAAAAUUAUUCUCUGGAAUUCAUAGCGUUCAAUUCGAUGAAACUUGUUCAAAAAUUAUCGCAAUGAAAUCGCUCGAAGGAGAAAUUGUUCCUUUAAAUGAAUCUGUAAAAAUUGUUGACGCUGUAGAAGUUUGGUUAAGCGAUCUAGCCGUUCAAAUGAAAAAUACACUUAAAGACCUGUUAGUCAAAUGCCUCGAUGACAUGAAAUCAAACUCUGGUGGUGCUGAUCCAUUAGCUUAUCCAUCUCAAAUUUUGAGCGUAGCAGAGUUUGUUCGGUUUACCGGUGCUUGCGAGAAAAUGAUUAAUGGAAAAGGUCUUAAAAAAUUCCACGAAGAUAUGUCUAGACAAUUGGAAUCAUAUACUAAUGUUGAUAUAUCUGAAGCUGGUUCCCAAGGUCAUGUUCUUGAUCUUAAAUUAAAAUCCCUGAUUCUCGACUGCAUUCAUAAUAUAGAUGUCAUAGAACAACAAAUGAGCAAUGAAAUCACCUCCAUUCAAGAAUGGCAAUGGCAAAAGCAAUUGCGCUAUUAUAUGAAGGAUGAUUGCUGCAUUAUGAGGAUGGUGGAUGCCGAAUUCGAUUAUACUUACGAGUAUCAGGGAAAUGCAGGGAAAUUGGUACACACUCCCUUAACGGAUAAAUGCUACUUGACUUUAACUCAAGCAAUGUCAAUGGGAAUGGGCGGAAAUCCGUAUGGGCCAGCUGGAACAGGAAAGACAGAAUCCGUGAAAGCCCUUGGUGGUUUAUUUGGUCGCCAAGUUCUGGUAUUUAAUUGCGAUGAAGGUAUUGAUGUUCAGUCAAUGGGAAGAAUCUUUAUAGGUUUAGUAAAGUGCGGCGCUUGGGGAUGUUUUGACGAGUUUAAUAGAUUGGAUGAGGCGGUUCUUUCAGCCGUAUCUAUGCAAAUUCAAGUUAUACAAGAUGCAAUUAAAAUCAGAGCUCCUGAAGCAACCGUUAUGAAUAAAUUAGUAGACAUUGAUCAUAAUGCCGGUAUUUUUAUCACUUUGAAUCCGGCUGGAAAAGGUUACGGAGGUCGUUCAAAAUUACCCGAUAAUUUAAAGCAAUUGUUUAGACCCGUUGCUAUGUCUAAACCCGAUAAUGAUCUCAUUGCCGAAGUAACACUAUUUUCCGAGGGUUAUAAAUUCGCAAAGAGUCUGGGAAGGAAGGUUGUUGCUGUAUUUAAUUUAUCAAAAGAAUUAUUAACUCCUCAACAACAUUACGAUUGGGGUCUUAGAUCUUUAAAAACAAUUCUAAGAGGUUGUGGAUCGCUGUUACAAAACUUGAAAAAGAAUAAUUCGGGUCAAAAGUUCACAAAUGAACAAGAAGCGACGCUUUGCGUUCAAGCCUUACGUAUUAACACUUUGUCAAAAUUAACGUUUUCUGAUGCUAAAAGGUUUGAAGGGCUGUUGACGGACGUUUUCCCCGGUGUAAACUUUAAGGGUAUUGAAUACGAGCAAUUGGAAGCUGCUCUAAAAGAAUGUUGCAAUGAAAUGGGAUUGGAUGUUAACGACACUCAAAUAAAAAAAUGUUUAGAAUUGUUUGAUCAGUUAUCUCAAAGAAUGGGUGUGGUCGUUGUCGGACCAAGUGGCUCCGGGAAAUCUACCCUUUGGAAACUUUUACAGAGUGCCAUGGGUAAAACAGGGACAGUUGUUAAAAAAUACGUCAUGAAUCCAAAAGCUAUGCCACGUCAGAUGUUGCUGGGAAACAUCGAUAUGGACACGAGAGAGUGGUCAGAUGGGGUACUAACCUGGGCGUCUAGGCAAGUAAUCAAGGAGCCGAAUGAGAUUCGAUCAUGGGUUGUUUGUGACGGAGAUAUCGAUCCUGAGUGGAUUGAAUCCCUUAAUUCAGUACUUGACGAUAAUCGCUUGCUAACAAUGCCAAGCGGGGAAAGAAUUCAAUUUGGUCCAAAUGCAAACUUCCUUUUCGAAUGCCAUGAUUUAAGUUUCGCGUCACCAGCGACUGUUUCAAGAAUGGGUAUGAUUUUCAUAAGUGACGAAGAUACUGAUGUUAGAGCUGUUGUUAGCUUUUGGUUAAAAAAACAACCUCAGGAGAAAAGGGCAGAUUUUCAAAAAUGGAUUGAUCAAUUAUUCUUUAAAUCUUUAGAUUGGAUAUUAAAAAAUGCAAGAUUUGAUCUCAUCGUUGAAAUGACUCUCGUUGGUAUUGUGCUAAGUGGUCUUUCUCAUUUACAUUAUGCCGAAAAUAGCCCACAAUUUGCAGUAUGUCUCAUUAAAGGAUUUGGGUCAAAUCUCCCAGUUACCAUUAGAGAAACUUUUGCAAAAGAAAUCUUUGAUUGGAUUGGUGAAACUCCUCCUGAUCCUUCAAGAAUUUUAGAUACUUAUUAUGAUACUGAUCUUUCUAGACUAUCCUUAUACUCAAUGGAUCAAACAGAUGAAGAGAAUUCUGUUAUAGUAAAGACUUCUGAUGUAAAACGAACGUUGGAUUGCGUACAGCCUUGGGUACAAACUAAGGAGUCGCAGCCUUUUAUUCUCGUUGGUCCUGAAGGCUGCGGAAAGACUUUACUCUUACAAUAUUGUUUCGAUCGUAUGAGAUCAACUCAAGUUGCAACACUCUUUUGUAGCGCUCAGACAGGACCGGAACAUGUUAUUCAAAAGUUAACGGCACUUUGUACAACAAUCGUUACUAAUACAGGUAAAAUGAUGAAACCCAAGGAUAGCGAAAAUCUAGUUCUCUACCUUAAGGAUUUAAAUCUUCCGAAACCCGAUAAGUACGGAACUUGCAUGUUAAUAUCAUUCCUACAAAGUCUUCUCCUUUAUAAAGGAUUUUACGAUGAGAAUUUAGAAUUCGUGGGGAUCGAAGGAAUUCUUAUAGCCGCAAGUAUGAAUGCAUCAGGAAUGGGACGUCAUAAAAUAUCAACAAGAUACUCUUCAAUUGUUAGAGUUUGUUCUAUUGACUAUCCUGACAAAGAUCAACUGGAAGCUAUUUACGCGAAAUCCCUAAAAACAAUUCUUUCAUCCAAACUACCUAAGCAUCCAAUAUGGAGCGAUGAUGCUAAAUUGCAUAAUUUAGCAUCAGCUAUGAUAGAAUUGUACGAAAAAUUAAAGUCAACAUUUUCCGUUGACGACUACAGUCAUUACUCUUUUACACCAAGACACUUAACUGCGUGGCUUCAAGGUCUUCAUAGGUACAAUCUUCAAGCCGUAAAGGAUCAAAGUGGUGACUAUCUUCUUGAAGUGUGGGCAUACGAAGCUCACAGAUUAUUCCGAGAUAGAAUUGUUGGAGAGGAAGCAAAGAAACAAUUUGAUGAUCUAUUCGAAGAAUGCCUAAAAGUAAAUUGGGAUGCCUCCAUAUUAAAUAAUUUAGAAGGAAAAUAUUUCACAACUUUUGCGGCUGAUAUAGAAGGUGAAGGACCGGGAAAACCGGUUCCGGAAAAUGGCAUGACACUAGGGACUUUUGGUUUGGAUGAUUUUAAUCAAAUUCUUGAUAAAGCCUUAGUAGCUUACUCCAGAGAUCAGAGAGACUUAGAGUUGGUAAUAUUUAAAGAAGUUUAUGAAGCUAUGUCUAGGGUCAACAGAGUUUUAACAGUUCCAGGAGGUUCCUUACUCUUAGCAGGACGAAGCGGUAUUGGCCGUCGAACUGCCUUAGUUCUUGUAUCUCAUAUGCAGGGUAUGACAUUAUUUAGCCCAAAGGUUUCUAGAUCAUAUGGAAUGAAGCAGUUUAAGCUCGAUUUAAAGACUGUCAUGCAACAAGCCGGUAUUGAUGGAGAUCAAGUUGUUUUGUUACUAGAAGAUCAUCAAUUGGUUCACGGAUCUUUCUUAGAAAUGAUCAAUUCCGUUUUAGCUGCAGGCGAAAUACCAGGAUUAUAUACUGUUGAAGAAUUAGAUGCUGCUGUGGGAUGUUUAAAAGAACAAGCUAUAGAAGAAGGUUAUAGGGGAACACUACCAUCACUAUUUGCUAAAAGAGUUCGAAGUAACCUUCAUGUUGUAUUAAUUAUGGAUUGCUCGAAUGCUACAUUUUCCCUUAAGCUACAAAGUAAUCCUGCUAUUUUAAAAGAAUGUACUGUAAUAUGGAUGGACGAAUGGUCUUCUUCUAGUAUGAUUAGCAUUCCCCAUCUCAUUCUAACAGAACCAUCUCAUGAAGGAGGUUCAAUACCUACAACUGAACAAAAGCAAAUAGCUAAUCAACGAAAGUUAUCAGGAGGGGAUCAACUACUAAACGGUUUCCUAUUUAUUCAUAAAUCCUGUCAAAGUUUGGACGCUACACCUCGAAAAUUUUUGGCCUUCGUAAAUAUGUAUUCGAAUUUAUAUGAUGCAAAGAAAAGUACCAUUGAAGUUAGAAGAGGUCAUUUACAAGCUGGUAUUUCUAAAUUGAAUGAAGCGAAAGAGCUGGUAGAUAACUUAAAAAGAGAGGCAGGAGAACAAAGUGUUAUCCUUACUCAAAAACAAGAGGAGGCUGAUAAGGCACUGAAAGAAAUCACAAAAACAAUGGCUGACGCUGGAGAUCAGAAAGUUGAGAUGGAAAAAUUGCAAAUUGUAAUAGAUAAAGAAACCAUUAAUAUUACAAAAAGAAAAGAAGACAUUGAUGCAGAAUUAUCAGGCGUUGAGCCUUUGCUAGCAGAAGCUAAGGAGGCUGUUGGUUGUAUAAGACCAGAAUCCCUCAACGAAAUAAGAGCGUUGAAAUCUCCACCGGAAGUUAUUAGAGAUAUUUUGGAAGGAGCACUGAGACUAAUGGGUAUUCAGGACACUUCUUGGAAUAGUAUGAAGGCUUUUCUGGGUAAAAGAGGAGUGACGCAAGAUAUUGUACAGUUUGAUGCACGUAAAAUUCCGAAAAAGGCACGAAAAACGGUAGAAGAUUUAUUGAAGAAGAAAGAGAGAUCUUUUGAUCCUGUUAGUGCGAAGAAGGCUUCGCAAGCUGCUGCACCUUUGGCUAACUGGGUAAGGGCACAAAUUAAGUAUGCCAAUGUUAUAGAAAAUAUAGAGCCUUUAGAAAAUGAACAAAACAAACUGCAAAGUAAUCUGGCAAAAAUUGAAGAUAAAGCAACAAAAUUAAAACAGAACUUAGCAGCUGUUGAUGAAAAAGUUGCAAAUUUAAAGGCAACAUUCGAAAGAAUGACUAGCGAGGCUACAAGAUUAAAAAUUGAGCUAGAAAAGGCUGAAGAAACUAUUGCUGCUGCAGAAUCACUUGUAGGAAAGUUACAAGGUGAAUACGAUAGAUGGAGCGGUCAGGUAGGAGAAUUAAAGAGGGAGUUAGAUGAACUACCAUUGAGAGCUAUCAUAGGAGCGGGUUUCGUAACCUAUCUUUCGAAUGCUUCGGAAGAUUGUAGAACGGAAAAGGUUCAGUCUUGGAUGAAAUUUAUGAAUAUUGAAGAUUUGAAUAUUCAAAAAUUUUUGAGCACUGAGAGUGAACAAUUAUUUUGGAAAGGUGAAGGUCUCCCGUCCGAUAAUUUAAGUUUAGAAAAUGCCAUGGUUAUGCUUAAAAUUAACCCGCAAAAACCUGGAAAAGCUUUGAGACCAUUCAUGAUAGAUCCGUCAUCAAGAGCAACGGAAUGGUUGAAAACACAUAUGAAAAACAAUCGUUUAGAAGUAAUUAAUCAGCAAGAUAGUAGUUUUGGAACAACUUUAGAAUUAUCUGUUAGAUUUGGUAAGACCCUACUAAUAACGGAAGCUGACGGUAUCGAACCAUUACUAUAUCCUAUUUUGAGAGGUGACCUAAUUCAACAAGGACCGAGAUUUGUUGUUCAAAUAGGCGAUAAAGUUAUAGAUUACAACGAAGAGUUUAAAAUUUUCUUGACAACUCGUAAUCCAUCGCCUGAAUUAGCUCCAGACGCUUCGUCAAUAGUAACAAUAGUUAAUUUUACAACUACUAAAGCUGGCUUGACUGGACAACUUUUAGCAGCAACAAUACAACAUGAGAAACCGGAAUUAGAAGUAAAAAAGACUGAAUUAUUGAAAGCUGAAGAAAAAUUAAAAAUUGAAUUAGAGAAACUAGAAGCGUCUCUUUUAGAACAAUUAGCCAACGCUAAAGGAAAUAUACUUGAGAAUAAGGAACUUUUAGAUUCAUUAAAUAAAACGAAAGAGAGUAGUACAACUAUAUCAAAAUCUCUUGCUGAAUCAAAGGAAUUACAAAUCUUUUUGGAUAAGGAAAGAGGAGCUUACCUUCCACUAGCAGAAUAUGCUAGUGAAAUGUUCUUUGUUAUAAGUGAUUUAUUUAAAAUUGACAAUAUGUAUAGAUUUUCUUUAAACUCCUUUCUCAGUUUAUUCAACAGAGCAUUAGAUACUAAAGACGAUGGUUUAGGGACAGAAUCUAGAAUUAGUACAUUGAAAUCAUCUCUCCUAAAGCUAGUUUAUAAUUAUGUUAGUCGAUCUUUGUUUAAGGCAGAUAGAUUAAUGUUUGCCAUUCAUAUGGUUCAUGGAAUGUUUCCGACAAUAUUUGAAGAGAAUGAAUGGGAAUAUUUCAUCGGUAUUCUUGUUGUUGAUACUAAAGGCGAGAAAGAUAUAGAAUUGCCAGAUUGGGUUGAAAAGGACAGAUCGCAAGCUGUUCUUUUGCUGAAGCACGCAUUCCCUGAUUUAUUCGAGAAAUUAAGUCUUAAAGAUUUAUCUGGAUGGUCAAAAUUCGCAAGAAGCGCAGAAUGCGAAGAUGACAUUCCAUCUCAUAUUGAUAAAAACUGUGGCAUUUUUCAGCACCUCUUAACAAUCUCUGCAAUUAGACCUGACAGACUGCAGUCGGCGAUGACAACAUUUGCUUGUAAAGCGCUUAGUAUGGAUGAACUCUCGCCCCCGAACGUGAAUCUAAAGAAAUUGUACGAAGAUGAAACCAGUCCUGAUGAACCUAUUCUUAUAAUAAUAUCUACAGGAGCCGACCCCUCCCAAGACCUAGAGGAAUUAGCCAAAGAGAUAGUAGGAUCUGAUAAGUAUUUUCAAGUGGCUAUGGGUCAAGGUCAAGCAGAAAUUGCAAUGAAACUGUUAAAGGAAUGUUCAGAAAAUGGUUCAUGGCUGUGUUUAAAGAAUUUGCAUUUGGUCACAUCGUGGUUGGGUACAUUAGAAAAGUCGAUAAAAAGUUUGAAAUUACAUCCAAACUUCCGGUUGUGGUUUACCGCCGAAUCUCACCCAAAAUUUCCACCCAUUUUGCUACAAUCUACACUAAAAAUCACAUACGAAGCCCCACCUGGUGUCAAGAAGAAUCUAUUAAGAACAUACGAAGCAUGGGGACCUAGUUUCAUAUCUGCUGGAGGAAAUUCGGAACGAUCGCAAGCAAUGUUUGUUCUUGCUUGGUUCCAUUCAGUAAUGAGCGAAAGAAGAAAUUUCUUACCACAAGGCUGGACAAAAUUCUACGAGUUUAGUUUUUCGGAUUUAAGAGCCGGAGCCGAGGUGAUUGAUAGAUUAUUUAAGAGAACUGGUAAAGGUAACCAGAUUCCUUGGAAUUUUGUGCACGGUUUGAUGGAAAACGCUAUUUAUGGAGGAAGAGUAGACAACAUUUUCGAUCAAAGAGUACUCAAAAGCUUCCUUUUACAGUAUUUUAAUACAAAUCAGAUAUCUCCUCAAGCUAAAGCAAAUAGAAAACUCGGUUAAGCAUAAAUUAUUUUAACUUGUUUACUUAUUUAUUUAUUCAUUUAUUCAUCAUUUUCAUUAUUAAUAUCUGCUUUUAAAUAGGACCAAUGAAAAUGCAGUCGUCAACAAACUCUGAAGAUUAUAUGACGGAAAUAUCUAAGUUACAAGAGCUUGAUAGACCAGCUUACUUUGGUCUACCUGAGAACAUCGAAAGAGCAACUCAACAAAGUAUUGGAACUUCUGUCAUCGGUCAAUUACGAACAUUACAAAGAUCGGCUGGAGGUAGCGCUAAAUUUGAUAGAGAAUUAUGGGCCAAUCAACUAGGUCCUGUUCUAAACUUGUGGAAAAAAUUAAAUCAAGGUUCGGAUCUCAUAAAGAUGAAGGCUGAUACGACGGCAAGUAAGGAGAAUGAAUCCCCCAUUACCGCAUUUGUUACACUCGAAUAUCAGAAUGCUUUAUCGCUUAUUCAUAGUAUUCAUAACGCUCUGUCGUCCCUAAGUAAAGUUAUUAGAGGAACAAUGCUUUUGACAUCAGAUAUUGCAAACUUAGCUGCUGAUCUAUUAAAUAAUGAAACCCCCAUGAAAUGGCAGACCAAAUGGGAAGGACCAGAAGAUAUUAUGGCUUAUUUAAGGGCGAUUGUAUUCAGAGCAAAUAGCGUAACGAAAGAAUGGAUAGAGAAAGUGAAAAAAGACCAAAUCUUUUCGACUACACUUGAUUUAUGUGAACUAUUCCGUCCAGACGUCUUCCUAAAUGCUUUUAAACAAAUGACGGCAAGGAAGACAGGCACUUCAAUGGAUAAUCUAAAAUUAGUAGCAUCGUGGAAAGGACAAAUUCAAGGAGCGUCUAUACAUAUGAAAUUAGGAGGUCUAAGAGUUGAGGGAUGCGUUUUUGACGGUAAACGUUUAGUGGAAAAUCAACGUAAUUCCCCUAGUCUAUCGCCAGUCCCAGAAUUCCUUAUCGCAUGGUUGCCGAACGAUGCGUCAGAACCUUAUAGCCUAGAGGAGAGUAUUGUCUUGCCCAUCUAUACAAGUGCCGAAAGGGAAAAACUAGUUGGUCAAGUGGGUGUUCCAUGUGGAGGUGAUCAAGCUGUAUGGUUACAAUGUGGAGCAGCCUUCUUCCUCCGACAAUAAAAAAACAAAUAACAAAAAACAUAAUUUACAUUUGCCUAUUGAUAUCUAAGAUAAAAGGAAAUAAAUAAUAAAGCCACAAUGAUCAUGUAGUUUGUCCAUUACACAAUGAACUUUAAAUAUUAACACGAUUUUCUUCGAUAAUAUAAUGAUCUACGAC